UCGUUCUCUUCUUCAGUAUACUCGUGUCGCUCGAAGGCGACGGAUGUACAUUGUUAGUUAAACCACGCGACUGGUGGGAGCUCCAUAAAUGCCUCCGUAACUGCAAUUUACAUUAUAAGGGCAACUUUUUGCUUGACGAACGCGUGUUUACAUCCAAUAUGCGACGUGAAACGUUAAUAACGAGUGACAAAAGUCAAGACCAUCGAAGCGACCAAAAGUAUUUAUGAGAUCAAUUAUUUACUCUGAUGUUAUCUUUACUCUUGAUGUGUAGUUAAUCGUGUAUCUCAAGCAUAUUGAACAUUGGAAUCUGUGGGAAGUGAAUUUUACAAAUGUGAUAUCGCUCAUUGGUGGAAUACAACAUGAACUGUAUCCUUUAGGCGUCAUCAUCAAUGAGGACGCACAUAAUCAUAUAAAUCGUUGCUCCGAAGCCAGCUGCACGCGGAUAGAACGACAAUUUCGACAAAUCGACCCUCGAGAUGACGUCGAUGCUACCGGAAGAAAAUAGCAACUCAAUCAAAAUGAAGCAAAAAUUGCUGAAUGACAGACCCGUGAAAGAAGAAACGAGGUCCUUCUUGAGUUUCUCGCGCGAAAACUUAAGCAUCUCACACUCCGACUUAGAGCAAGGAUUUAACAGGUCGCGACUAAGGCCGACCAGGAAUACAAUCCUGAGUGUGGCCGCCAUCGUGAUCGCUCUCCUUUGCCUUACCAUUUUAAGUUGGAAAUUGCGAUGUUUGACGGCAAACAUGCACGAAAUCGACCAGCUAAAGAGAGACGUCGAAGAGCUGAAGCAUCGCUUUCUGAAGCAGAAUCUUAUGAACGAUCUGAAAGCGUUCGAGGAACAGUUAUACGGCGAGAAAUCGAGCGAAGAUGAUGAUCCGGGCGAGGCAGACAUUGAUUAUGCGGAUUAUGACACCAAUUACGAUGACGAUAGUUCUACAUCGCAUGACUAUUCCGGUGAAUUACCCGGAAAUCAGCAUGUUCCCUUGAUUUAUGGAUCCAGACCAUCGGACUUCCCUGAAAUUACAUCCACGCCAGCACCUACGUCCCCGAAACCUCACACUAAUCCUUUCCUAAUAUUAAUGGAGUUCUUGAGCACAGCUGAAACGAAACGUGGACAGGAAUUGGAGAAGAAUAUGCGAGAAAAUCACAAAAACAUUGAGCAGAAACGUUUUAAGGAGGAACACAGGAUACGAGUGAGUCAUGAGGAGAAGAGCGGUGACACGAACAGCACCAAACAUAAACAUGAUGUCUUCACCUCGAGCACAGAAUAUUCGAAGCCUGCUCCUCAACAGCAGGACAAAAAUGUCAAGCGGAAGCGUUCGGUGAAAGAAUAUAUGGUUACCGAUCAUUCAACAGAUACAUCGAAUUACGAGCUCAACGACCAGCAUCACAGCAUCACGUCGAAAGUACACUCUCACGUGAACGACGGAAAUAGGACGAAUAACAAUUCUGGAACGAAUUUAGCAGCGUCGACCGUUUCUUGGGACGUACAUCCCCCGAAGAAGUAUCACGCCCACGCACGUCUAGAUACGUCUUCUUCAGUGGACGAUGAGCGAUUAAGCGAAGAAAUUACGCAUCAACGCAGCAGCAGAGAGAGAAUGGGCCAUGUGCGUGGUAGAAGAACCAACUGGCGGAAAAUGGAGCAUCGUGGUGCCAUGAAGAACAAAACGGGAAGCGAGAUUCUCGAGGCCGCUCAGAAUUACGAAGUGGCUGCGACGGAACCUCCUCGGAAAUUGACCAGGCGGCAUUUACGCGCGCCACGGCAGGUCUACGCGAUUCAUUACGAGGCGGACUUCAAUCUCUUUUCAACGUUGGACGAGAAGGACGACAAUGGUAAAGUACGGCACCACAGAGGCAUCUUCAAGGCAUGGCGGCCGAGCGACUGGGUUACCGAACUCGGCAUGAAUCGCCACUUCACACUCUCCAGUGAAGGUGAAAUUACUGUGCACGAGACGGGAUUGUAUCUGGCAUACGCACAAAUUCAUUACGUGGACGAACACGAUGAUAACGGCUUCCACUUAUUGGUGAACGGCGAACCUAUCCUACAAUGCAUGGUACAUACGCCAGGUAUAGGGCACAAAAGCCGCUCAUGUUUCUCCGCUCGAGUGACCUUUCUCCAAGCAGAUGAUCGUCUAGUCUUGAAAGAAGUUGGAGCAGCCAAAUUCGCACUUUUUCAUCGCGAAAAAAGCUUCUUAGGCUUAGCAAAACUUGGUGAGAUGAGACCGCAGCAAAAGCAUCAAAUGUAAUAAUUGAUUUACGAUAUUCGUCGAUAGCACGACAAUCGCUUUAAAUAUUUUCGAAUUAUUGAUAAUGGCAAAAAGAUGAUAGAUUUGCAUGUAUAGAAUUUUUACUCGUGAAAGUUAGCUGUAACAAAAUUUGUCCCUAAAAUAUAAUAUAAAAUGUAAUAUGUACU